CGUACGGUCACAGACACGAUAAGUGUAGCAAAAGGUAGUUCGGAGGGAACUCGUACCAUGGGAUAAGGUGAUGAUUUGGUGUUUAUCCAGCUGAGUAAAUGUCACAAGAUCAGAACAUAAAAGACCUUCAAGAAGGGCGACUGAAUUGAUAGGCGGUGCUGACUUUUAGCCCCCUUUAACCUUUGGAGAGUAUCUUCAUAUUGGGCUCAUAUCAAGGGAUGAAGAAUUAAUGCUACCGCAUUUAGCGCAGCCGUUCUCAAGCCAAGCAUGAAAUGACAUCAACCAUUGCUGAACAAGUGAAUUGAAAGCAUCUCAGUUGGUGAAGUGAAGUACGGAAGACCGAGUCCUAGAAUCGAGAGUGACUAAACGUUGGUUCGCUGAUCUUUGUGAAAACCUUGGGGGAGUGUGGGUGUCAUCUGGACCAUCAGACCACUUGAGCCAGAUUGAAAAUGGCGUUUUUCUCCCGUGCUCGAGGCCUCUUCAGUUACGGUGACCUCAAUGGCUCCGUAUCAGAGAUCCGGGGUGUCAAUUCAGGCUCAAGUGUGCACAUUGACGAGCCCGGCAUGCUGUCUGCCAAUGACAAGUACCGGAAAAGGAAACGCCGGACUCUCAUCGGAGUGGCUCUCCUGGCUCUCGUGGUGAUUCUGAUCAUUGCCCUGAGCUCCAGGCAGAAGGAGAUGGUGUCCAGUGCCCUCAAGCGAUUGCCCAAGAGCUUCUCGUCGGCAUCCGGCACUUCGAGACAUCCGUCCGAGAUCAAGUCCGAGAACCGUGUCAAGUACCAAGAUUUCAUACAAAGCCGAUUUGUGCCCACCAACUAUCCGGACUUCAAUGCCACUUGGAUCAGUGACAAAGAGUUCAUGUUGGAGAACUUCUAUGAUGGACUUCAGAUCUUUGACGUGGAGACCUUGACUUCCAAGAAGCUUAUGUCUAGUUCGCUAAUGAAUCAUUACAGGGUGUACGAUUAUUAUUUGUCUGUUGAUAGGAAGUACUUGUUGCUCAAAACCAACCCGAGUCGGGUUUACCGGCGAUCCUCAAUUGCAGAAUUCAUCAUAAUGCCCUUGAGAGAUGGACGCGUCUCCACUACUCAAAACAAACUGGAGCCGGCUGAUUACAACGGGAAAAGGCCUUUCCUGAUUCGACAAGCAAGUUUUGCGCCCACUGGGAAUGGGAUUGUAUACGUUGACCGAGAAAACAACAUCUACUACCGUCCCACCGCUUUGGGACAGGAUGUCAAGCUGACUACGAACGGCGAAGACGGGAAGAUUUUCAAUGGUAUCCCAGAUUGGGUCUUUGAAGAAGAGGUGUUUGAGGAGAGUAAUGCGAUUUGGUGGGCGCCUGACGGCAAGAAAUUGGUUUGGGGUUCAUUUGACGACACUGAGGUGGAAAUUUAUCUUCUUCAGUCGUACGGCACGCUUGAACAUGUCGAACAGUACCCAUUAAUCAAAGAUUUGGCCUACCCAAAGGUUGGCAAUAAAAACCCCAUUGUUACCCUGUGGAUGUGUAAUUUCGAUCAAGGACCAUGUGAUACCAAACUCAUCAAGCCACCAAAGUCACUGAAAGGCCAAGAGGUUCAUUUCUCAAGGGUGAAGUUCGUGGACGAUCAUCACUUUGCCGUUCAAUGGAUGAACCGUGUUCAAAACGUCACCGUGGUCAGUCUGUGUCAAACCGAGGGCGAAGCUGAUUGUAUCGAGAUCUUCGCUAAUGAGGAGAAAGAGGGCUGGAUCGAGUUCAAGUACACGCUCUAUUUUGAUCCACUAUGGACCCCUGAAAAGAGUCCUGUUCCCGAUUUCGUCACCAUCUUGUCCAAACCGUCUUCUAAGCAUCGAUAUAGACAAGUGAUGCUAGUUUCCGACCAAAAAAGAACCUUUCUUACUCAAAGAGACGCCGAUGUGACCGACAUCGCCAAAUGGUCCAAAGAUGGAUACAUCUAUUUCAUGGCUGUAGCCGAGGAUCUCCCUGGAUCUGAGCACAUGUACCGCCUCCCGAGUCCCAAUUUGAGCAAUAAUGAUCUCGAUCCGCAAUGCAUGUCAUGUAGUUUUAACACCACGGACGAGCUUCACAAACGUCCUUGUGAGAAGUUCUCGAUUUCCAUGAGUAACGAGGGCGCGUACUUUGUCAUGAAUUGUCGUGGACCGGGAACACCGUACAGUUGCAUUCACCGUACUUCAACCAACGAAAUGCUCAUGGUCUAUGACGAUAAUUAUAAAGUGGAACGACGCAUGAAGGGUGUGGAGUUGCCCACCAUUCAGCAUAUGGAAGUGCCAAUCUCCGGCUCAGAGCUGAAAGCUCAAGUGAAGAUGUACCUUCCCCCAGGAUUUGAUCCAACGCGUGAAUAUCCAAUGCUGGUUUACAUUUAUGGCGGACCCGGUAGCCAACACGUGGAUCUUUCUUUCAACCAAUUUGAAUACCAGACCUACUUGGCUGGUAGUAAGGAAUUCAUAUAUACGAUCAUUGACCCAAUGGGUACGGCCGGGCAAGGUGAUAAGUGGAGGUUCUCAAUGUACCAUCAGUUUGGAACGGUGGAAGUGACCACGAUCCAAGAUGUCACAAGAUACCUCCAAAAUAACCUCCAAUACAUCGAUGCUGAACGAACUGCCAUCUGGGGCUGGUCAUAUGGAGGGUUCCUGUCCUUGACCACAUUAGCUAGUGAUACCGAGAACAUGUUCGAUUGCGGGAUCUCUGUGGCACCGGUGGCGGAUUGGCUUCUCUAUGACACCUAUUACACCGAACGGUACAUGGGCCUUCCCCAAGAGAACCGCCAAGGUUACAACGAAAGCCGCGUGUUUGGCAAGUUGGACAACCUUAGGAACAAGUCAUUUUACUUAAUUCAUGGCACUGACGACGAUAAUGUUCACUAUCAACAGUCUUUGUUGAUCAGUCAAGCCUUGGAGGAUAAGGAUAUUUUGUUUCGACAACAAUCGUACACCGACCAAGAUCAUUCCAUCAACGACUACAGAGAACACCUGUACCAUUCCAUCACGGAUUUCUUGAUCAACGAUUGCUUCAGAGAAAAGGAUCGAAGUAUCCGUAAAUGACAACCUCAUGAUAUUGUUAUGUUUACAAGAAAUGCAAUCUAAUUAUGCUCCGCUGUCCAACCUCUCCUAGCCAAAUUCGCUCACAAACCAUGUCACAAAAUAUGAUUUUAUUGGCCAAAAAAGUGCAUGUUAAUAUACAAGCAUUGCUCCGUU